AAGCUGGGCGAUCAGAUCGGUUGCAUAAUAGAAAUCGGGAGGGCUGUCUGGCAGGCAGCUUUAAGCAGAGAAGAGCUAUCUCAAUUUCUCUCACUUAAUCUUGGCUUCGCGUCAGAAGCUGUGCAGCAGUGCAGUAGAAUGGGAGCACGGCAAAAGCUUCGCCAGUGAAACGGCGUGUGCUCGCUAUGUGGCGGUACCUCAGCGAUUUCUCGAGCUGGAUUACCUAUUGAUUUUCCUCCUUUCUCGCCUCCCAGGUUUACUCGGCUGGACACUGUGUGUGUUUGGAUUUCUCAAGGAUUCUCCCCCGACUAACAUGGAUGUCCCACCAUUCCUUGCAGUUGAAGGUUGCUCCUUGGCGCAGUGAAUGAAGAACAUGCAGGGAUUGCUAAUAGGUUUGGGAAGCGUAGACUCUCUGCUCUCUCUGUGACCAUGCCGUGAUCGUGUCUGAGGGCCAUCAGUUUACGUAUCCUCAUUCUCACCCUACCGGGAAACCUGACGGCUUAGAAGGGGGAAGUAAGGCAGCGCGUGUGUGCAUAGAAACAUCAUGAAGAUUUCCCAUAUCGUAACUAAUUCAGUCAUCAGAUGCACGAUUAGACUCCUUCUCUGCUUACUGUGGAUUGGAUAUUCUCAAGGAACCACACAUGUAUUAAGAUUUGGAGGCAUUUUUGAGUGUGUGGAAUCUGGUCCAAUGGGAGCAGAAGAAUUAGCCUUCAGAUUUGCUGUGAACACAAUCAACAGAAACAGAACUCUUCUGCCAAACACCACAUUAACAUAUGACACACAAAAGAUAAAUCUCUAUGACAGUUUUGAAGCAUCCAAAAAAGCCUGCGAUCAGCUGUCCCUUGGGGUGGCAGCCAUCUUCGGACCGUCCCACAGCUCCUCCGCUAACGCUGUGCAAUCCAUCUGCAACGCUUUGGGAGUUCCACACAUCCAGACCCGCUGGAAACAUCAGGUGUCAGACAACAAGGACUCCUUCUAUGUCAGCCUCUAUCCGGAUUUCUCUUCACUCAGCCGUGCCAUCCUUGACCUUGUGCAGUUCUUCAAGUGGAAAACAGUUACUGUUGUUUAUGAUGACAGCACGGGUCUCAUUCGAUUACAAGAGCUCAUCAAGGCUCCGUCACGAUACAACCUAAGACUAAAAAUCCGCCAGUUACCAGCUGACACAAAAGAUGCAAAGCCAUUGCUAAAGGAGAUGAAAAGAGGCAAAGAAUUCCAUGUAAUCUUUGACUGCAGCCAUGAAAUGGCAGCAGGCAUCUUGAAGCAGGCUUUAGCUAUGGGGAUGAUGACAGAAUACUAUCACUAUAUCUUUACCACACUGGACCUGUUUGCCUUGGAUGUGGAACCCUAUCGGUACAGUGGUGUUAAUAUGACUGGAUUCAGAAUCCUAAACACAGAAAAUACCCAGGUGUCAUCUAUCAUUGAGAAGUGGUCUAUGGAGCGCUUGCAAGCACCCCCGAAGCCUGAUUCAGGUUUGCUGGAUGGAUUUAUGACGGUAUGAAUACCAGUAUUUGGUUCCUUUUUUUAUAUGUUUGUGAAGCUAUAAAAAAAAUAUUUAACUUUUUGUUUGCUAUUAAAAGUGUUUGGAGGUAUGUAACCAAAUAUUAUUGUAAA